AUGUCCUUGCUUCAGUUGGCAGACCUCGUGGGAUACAAUCUGCCGCCGGUCGUGGCUGGGAUUCUAGGAUUCAUUAAGUUGCGUCCUGCGGCCGCAUUGGCACUGGCGGGCCUGAGUCAAGAGGCAACGGCCGCAUCGUCUGACCACGGAUCAGAUCUAUGGUUUGUGCCUUGCCACAAGUGGCGUUUCAUCCUCCGUAUGGCAACGGAGGUAGACAUGGAGGCGACUAGUGGGAUGACCGCAAUCGGGGACUUUCUCAAGCGCAGCGGCUUGGGCGACAAGGUUCAUGUGUCGGAUGUAUUGUUCACGGGAACCCGGGUGGCUGAGGCAGUACUCGAGACGCACAUCCAGACAAAACCAAUAUUGGCAACUUUGAGGUUACUCUGGCUCAAGUGCGGUCAUAUGGCUCCAAAUCUGGUGCGACUCCUGGGCCUGGCAAAGAAAGUGCAGGGCCGGGCAGACUGCUUCGCUUCUCUGUCUAAGCUGAAAGCUCUGCCUACCAUUCUCGUGGUCGGUACCGUUGCCCCGCCGUUCGAUCAGGUUAGCGUCGUCUGGAUGAACCGUGACAUCUCGCCGGCCGAGGUGGAAGUGUUGAAUGUGGACGUGACGCUUUUUGCCGCGGCGGCGCUCAAUCUCGCGCUCUAG